GGCCGCUUUUCCCGGAACUGAAGCACCGGGGAAGCAGUUUCCUGGGGGGACCCGUUAGAGAAGCAGACCUGCUAAGAUGGCGGCUCCCACAGAAGAGAGUAUUCCGUCGGAGGAUUUUAAGAAGCCGAAUUUGCCCCCGCCGUUGCCUCUUUCCCUCGCCCGAGGAAAGGCAGCUGAGGGGGAGGCUCCUAAGCGCCCCCACGGCCCUGAGGUGGGCCCUUGUCCCCCUGUCCUUCCCGACUAUCAGGAGCCGCCGUGGGGAGGUUGCCCCUCCGAAGAGGAUUCCUCCGGCUACAGCCUGGAGACGGUAAAAGGCGGCACGGUGCUUGACCGCGUUAGCCUAGCCGGUCGGAGCCGGCUCCUGGUAGGCCGCGCGCCGGGCUGCGACCUCUCCUUGGUUCAUCCGUGCGUGUCGCGGCAUCACGCCGUGCUUCAGUGCCGGCCGCCACGGAGCUCCGCGGAAGGGGAAAAAGAACCCCUGGCGUCGGAGAGUCCCGAACCCGGCCUGUAUAUCUACGAUCUGGACAGCGCCCACGGCACCUUCCUCAACAAAGCGAGGGUCCCUCCCCGCACCUACUGUCGCGUCCGGGUGGGUCAUGUCUUGCGUUUCGGAGGCAGCAGCCGCCUCUUCAUCUUGCAGGGUCCAGAGGAGGAUCAAGAGCCAGAAUCAGAACUGACUGUAACACAACUGAAAGAACUGCGUAAGCAGCAAAAGGCUAAGUUAGAAAAAACUAUGCUGGGUGAUGAUUCUGACGAGGAACAAAAGGAAAUUGAAAUAAAGAAAAGUGAAACUAGUCGGAGUGAUUUAAGCUGUUCCUGGGGAAUAGGGGAAGAUGCAGAGGAAGAAGAGGGUGAAGAAAAUCCAAUUGCUGUUGAGUUUCAAGAGGAUCAAGAAGCCUUUUAUUUGAAAGAUCCCAAAAAGGCAUUGCAAGGGUUUUUUGAUAGAGAAGGUGAAGAAUUGGAAUAUGAAUUUGAUUCUCAUGGAACAGGCACCUGGCUUUGUAGGGUGAAGCUGCCUAUAGAUGAUGCCUCAGGGAAACAGCUCGUAGCAGAAGCUAUUCAUUCGGGGAAGAAAAAAGAAGCAAUGAUCCAGUGUGCAUUGGAAGCCUGCAGAAUAUUGGAUGCUAGGGGUGUGUUGCGACAAGAGGCAGUGUCCCGGAAAAGAAAAGCAAAGAAUUGGGAAGAAGAAGACUUCUACGAUAGUGAUGAUGACAUAUUCCUUGAUCGGACAGGAGUUAUUGAACAGAAACGACUCAACAGAAUGAAGAAAGCUGGAAAGAUAGAUGAAAAGCCAGAAACAUAUGAUUCAUUGGUUGCAAAACUACAUGCAGGUGAAAGAGAGCUCUCUGAAAUAGCAGAGAAGCUAAAAUCUUCAAGGACAACACAGUCCCAUUCAGCAACUCAGGAUUCACUGGAUGAAUUUAUGACAGAAAUCAAGUCAGGGUGUUCCGUAGACAGUGUGACACGUAAAAAACUUCAUUUGAGAACCUUUGAACUGAGGAAGGAACAGCAGCGAUUGAAAGGAUUAAUUAAGAUAGUUACCCCUGCAUCCAUGCCACAACUGAAGUCCCAGUUUCAGAAUCAAGAUCUGGAAUCCCAAAAUAAGCCCAAAAAGCUAACAUUACCCCUAUUUGGUGCCAUGAAAGGCGGAAGCAAAUUCAGACUAAAAACAGGGACGGUAGGGAAGCUGCCCAUGAAACGUCCAGAUAUACCGGUAAACCUGUUAAAGAUGAAAGAUGAGAGGCCAGAAGAAGAGGAAGAAGAAGAGGAGGAGGAGGAAGAUGAUGUGAACAGCAGUGUAAAUCAAAGUUCACAGAACACAAAGAUGGAAAUGGUUAAAGAAGAGAAUCCCCUCUCCAGUUCUUAUUCACCCAGCAACCAAAGACUUAAGUCUCAGUCUGAGUCUUCAAGCAAGCAUACAAGCUCAUUAGCUCAUAAUUCCCCAGUGAAUGAAUUGCAGGUAAAACUAGAAGCAUCUGAGAUGCCAGCAGAAAAACCAAAGAAUCAGAAAGAUAGCAGUAAACCUAAGAUUCAACAUUCAUUAUCCUCAAACUAUCCAGAAGAUGAUCCAGAUUACUGUGUAUGGGUACCACCUGAAGGUCAAAGUGGUGACGGCAGAACUCAUCUGAAUGCUAAAUACGGCUACUAAAUUACGCUGAAAAGUAAAGACGUAUGGCACAGCAACUGAUAACUGGUACAAUAUGCCAUUGAAAUGACAAGCAACAAUUUUUGUUCAUUUUCUUUAAACACUGUUUAAUGAUUCCUGAUCCUUAUUUAAGGAUGUUUUUCCCCUAGAAGUGAAUGUGUGUAUAAUGUGCAUCAUAAUGUAUAUAUAGUGGUGAUAAUUAAGAAUUUACAGGUAACAUAGAUAUAGCAAUGUUGGUUUUAUAAAAACUUUUUUAAAAUACUUCUUUUUAUUUCUUUAACAUUAUUUCUUGAUGUAAAAGGGGUAAAGGAAUUAGUUUUAGAUUUUUGUUUAGUCAAUAUGUGUGCUAAGGGCUACUUCAAUACUUUAAGGCUUGGGUUGAUUACCAAAAUGUUUUCUGCCUGUCCAUGUACAAGUACAUAUUUCCACAAAAUAUAAUUGCCGAUGGCCCUCUCCAGGUGGAGCUGCUGAAACUUAAGGUGAAGUUUCUGUUGCAGUCUUUUCUGUGAAAGUUCUUUGUUGUUGUUGUUUUUCCCUCUACAAGGUGAAAUACUAACACAUUCAUAUCUUGGCCAGUUGUAGAUUAGUAUUAAUGUGGGUGGGAAAGUGUGUUAAUCUUUGGCAGUUCCUGAAAGAAUAUCUAACAUUGGAUAGUUGAGAGAGUCAUGGCUAAGAUAUGGAAGUACUAUGAAUUAGUACUGAAUAGUAUAUCUGAAACUUUUUUGAUAAGCCAGGAAAAAGGCAAUUAUCUUUGGUCUAGACCAGGUUUUACUUCACAAUUUCUACACUUAGGUUGCAUCAUAUUCCAUAUGAGAAAAGAAUAGAAAUUGCAUUUAAAAGGGAAAAAACAAUCCAUAGGCAUACAGUAGUCUUAUCAUUAAUUAAGGUCGUAAACAUUAAUUAUGGGAAUGGAACCAAUUCAGGAGAGGAGAGGGGGAAGCACUGGAAAAUGUUUACUAGUUUCAACUUUCUUUUGAUGGUAAAAUAAAGCCUGUAGUUUUGAAGCUCUACUUUAAUGGAUUUACUGGCAAGUAGGAAUAUGACAAUUGCCCAAUUCAUAGACUGAAAGGAGUACUGAGUUCAUAAGUAUGGGCCUGAGACAGACUUUAUGAAGUACGGUAAACCUCCAUUUUCUGGGUUCUUUAUCUAAGGCAUAAGAAUCUACUUCCAUUUUGGUCCAUCUGUAAUAUUCGCAUACUAAUAACCAUUUCUCUUAUAACUGAAAGAUUUUAAGAGAUAUUUAUUUUACAUUUAGGUAAAAACCCAGCUUUUUGAAAUAUAUAGCCCAGACUGAGGUUUAUUUCUAAGAUCUCCAGUGUUUCUAAGGUCUUCAUAUUGGGAUCAGAGUCCCAAUAAUUUUAAUUUUUUUAAAAAUGGAAAUAAGCAUGCAACAAAAUAAAGUACAGAUAAAGUAAUA